CGUGGCAUUACUGUGAAUUGGCAUCAGUAAGUGAACAACUGUGCUUGUGUUUAAAUCGUUGAAUAUUUAAUAAUAAUUAAUAAAAUAAUAAUAAUUAAAAAUGCGUUUGGGAGCAACAGUGCCGAAUUUCAAAGCCGAAACCACCAAGGGGCCCAUUAGCUUCUACGAUUGGCAGGGCAACUCUUGGGUUGUACUAUUCUCGCAUCCGUCGGACUUUACACCCGUCUGUACCACUGAACUGGGUCGCAUCGCUGUCCAUCAGCCGGAGUUCGCUAAGCGUAAUGCCAAGUGUUUGGCCCAUUCAGUGGAUGAUCUGAAGUCACAUGUUGACUGGGUAAACGACAUCAAGUCCUAUUGUCUGGAUAUUCCCGGUGAAUUCCCGUACCCCAUAAUUGCCGAUCCUCAUCGUGAUUUGGCUGUACUCUUUGGCAUGUUAGAUGAGGAGCAGAAGCGAGAUGUAGAAAUUGGCAAAACCAUACGCGCACUCUACAUCAUCAGCCCCGAUCAUAAAGUGCGUUUGUCGAUGUUCUAUCCCAUGUCCAUGGGCCGUAAUGUUGAUGAGAUUUUGCGUUGUCUUGACUCAUUGCAAUUGACAGACAAGCUGAAGGUGGUGGCCACACCCGCUAACUGGACGCCUGGUACGAAAGUUAUGAUUCUACCCGAUGUGACCGACGAGGAAGCAAAUAGACUAUUCCCAAAAGGCUUCGACAAGGUUUCAAUGCCGUCCGGUGUCAACUAUGUCAGAACCACGGAAAACUACUAGAUUUUAAUGCUG